AUCCACGGUCACACUUGGCAUCUCAGUAAACAAAAAAAUUAAUUUUGAAUUGUUUAUAAAAGCAUAUUAAACAUGUCGAAUGCGGCAAACAAGCGCAAGUGGCUGCCCGCCGAAGAGGACACCUUCAUUCGUAUCUGGUCCGAGAAUUUGGAUCUGUACCGGAGCGGCAAGAAACAAAUGGAAGUUUGCAGACUGCUGGAGGACGAAUUCCGAUAUGAAGGCAUUGAAAUAAAUGCUUUGGGAAUUAAAACGAAAAUGGACUCCUUUAAGCGCAAGUUUUUCAACAUUGCAAAAGGCGACGAAAAGUUGCAAACGCGCAAAUGGCGGCACUACAAAACUCUGGACACAAUAUUCGGAUCACAGUUGAAGGAGUUGGAAGAUAGCGGUGACUCCAACGGUCCCGUUGCCAAGCAGUCAAAGAAAUCCAGAUCAAGCAAAACAAAUAACUCCGAUCAACCGUUCAACCUGGUUUAUGUAGACGAGUUGAACGGGUUGCUGUUGGACGAGGAAGACUGCACACCUCCCAGCAGUUCAACGAGCGAGAUCUACCAGGAGCCACCGGUAAAAAAGAAAAAAAGAAGCGCGGUCGAGCAGGAGCCACCAGCCAAACAGCAGAAAUCCAGCAAUGCUGCCAAUUUCAAGCAGAGUGGCGGAAAUUCAAAGCCGCGCUCACUAUAUACCAAAGCAGGAAAACUCAGACAACCCAAGCGUCCUCGCAGGAAUUGGACCAUUGAAGAGGAAGUCACAUUCAUCGAGGUGUGGAAGAACUAUGUGGGGGAUUUGCUGGGAGAAGGAAAGAAGAAGGCGGAUAUCUACCGAGCUAUGAAAAAGGAGCUGCAAUCACAUGGUGUGGGUUUGGACAAGAUAGCCUCGGACUUUAAGGCAAAAGUGGAGUCUUUGAAGCGUGUAUUCAAAUCUGAACAUGAGACCUAUGGAGCCAAAUCGGAAUGGAUUCACUAUGCAAAGCUGGUUGAUGUUGUCGGUCCUUUGAAUGGCAUACUUAUUGAAACGCAUAACGAUAGCAGCAGCAGUUCCGACGACUGGUUCCGCAAUGAAACAAAGCCUGAAUCUCCCAGUCAGUUUCCAGAUCCUUUGGAAGAACAGCAAGAGCAAGAGGCCAACGAAUCUGAUGGCUCCUUCUGCUGGGUCCUUGAUAACUCAACAGAAGAGGCAGCAGAGCCACCUUCUAGUCAUCCAGAGCCCCCAAGUGAUUCGCCUUCAAAUCAGUUCCUAGAUCCCACGCUGCAAGAUGUUGAAUAUUCUCCAGUUCAGAGUUCACAAAUUAGUGAACUUAAUGACGCUGAUGAUAUUGAUUCAGACAACCCUAAAGACUACGUGCCGGAUUUCGAAGAGACAGAGGAGACUCCCCAGGAGCUAGACGACAGUCCCUCGAGCCAGAAGCAAAAAUCAGUAGAGCAAUUUACUCAUUUCGUAGCAAAAGAGUUGCUAGUCUUGAAUGACGAUCUGCUUCUAGAGGCCAAACGAUGCAUCUACGAUGUUCUUUGUAAAAUGGAACACAAGCGAUUGCAGCUAAAUAAGAAAACGUAAAUGUAAAUAAUCAACAAGUGUACAUUGUUGGAUGCAUUUU